UCUAUUUUUAAACGAACGAAUACUAACCGUUCGACGAUGAUACAGACAGUGCGUCACGCUGUAGUCCAGCAGGAGGCGCAAACGGGCCGCGUGUCAAAGAAAUCCUCCUCAGAAAACAGCACGGGAAGAAAGAGCUGCUCGCAUCCAGGUUUUACCGAUCGUCUGCGUUCUGUCUGUAAUGAAGAGCAGAAGACACCAGUGAAGCUGCUGGACCGCGAGAUGGAGCUGAAAACAGAUAUCACAGAAGAGCAAACGGAUGAAGCCGGUUUGAUUUAUUAUGAUCUGAUGAAGGUUAAAGAUGAAAGUUCGGAACCGAAUGAAGUGGAGGAGCGACCUCAUCAUCAUCUCAUAACCGGAGAAGGAUCUCUGAGCUGCAUGAAAACGGAGAUGAAUUUGUCACCAAAUAAAGCAACAGACAAAGAACCUCAUAUCUGUCCUCUGUGUGGAAGGAUCUUCACUCGUAAAUACAACCUUAAUGUGCACAUGAGAUCUCACACCGGAGAAAAACCUUACACAUGUGAGCAGUGUGGAAAGAGCUUCACUCGGAAACACCGGCUUCAUAAGCACGCGAGAAUUCACGCUGGAGAGGACGCGUACAAUUGUGACCAGUGUGGAAAAGCUUUCGCUCAACAGCACCAGCUUCACGCGCACGUGAGCAGUCACACCGAAGAAAAACCAUGCGUGUGCGACCUGUGCGGAAAGAUCUUCACUCGUAAAUAUGAACGUAAGAUUCACAUGAGAUCUCACACUGGAGAAAAGCCUCACAAAUGCGAGCAGUGCGGAAAGACCUUCUUUCGUAAGUCCGACCUCAACGUGCACAUAAAAGUUCACAGUGGAGAAAAACCUUACAGGUGUCACGAGUGUGGAAGGAACUACGUUCACAAGUUCGAUCUGAAAAUGCACAUGAGGAAUCACAGUGGGGAGAGGCCCUUCAGGUGCGAUCGGUGUGGAAAGACCUUCACUCGUAAGUCAGACUUUAAAGUGCACAUGAGGAUUCACACCGGAGAAAAACCUUACCGAUGUCAUCACUGUGAAAAGACCUUCGCCCAUACGUCCGACCGUAACGCUCACAUGAGAGUUCACACUGGAGAGAAGCCCUACACGUGUCAUCAGUGCGGAAAGAGCUUUUCGUGGGUGGCGAACCUGAAAGAGCAUCUUCUCUGUCAUUCGGCGGUGAAAUCGUUUCAGUGUGAACAGUGCAGUAAAACGUUUGUUUCUGCGAAUAACCUGAAGAAGCACACGAUGGUUCAUACAGGCGUGAAGCCUUACGUCUGCUCUUUCUGCGGAAAGGACUUUGCGCGGAUCUGCUAUUUCAAAGAACACGAGAAAACACACACAGGUGAGACGCCACACGUGUGCCUCGAGUGUGGCAAAACCUUCAUCACGUAUAGUCAUUUGAAACGCCACCACAGACUUCACACUGGAGAGAAACUGUACACGUGCUCACAGUGUGGAAGGAGUUUCACUCGAGUACAAGCCCUGCGGGGGCACGAGAGACUUCACGCCCAAGAGAAAUAUUACUGCUCUUGUGGACGGAGUUUUAAAGAAUCAAAACGUCUUGAGGUUCACAAGAAUAAGUGUGGCAUAGAGAGCAACGUUCCUCCUCAGGAAAACUUUUAGAUCCCUGAGAUCAACUACAGUGAUGACAUGAAUUCAGUCAUGUUAAAGGGGUCACAUGACACGGCUAAAAGGAAUAUUAUGGUUUGUUUUAGACGUAACGUAAUGUGUAAACACGAUUUAAGGUCGAAAAACUGUAUUUUCCACACACCGUGCAUGUUUGUAUCUCCUCUUUGCUCCACCUCUCAGAAACACGCUGAUUUUUGACGAAGCUAAUGGCUCUGAAAAGCGAGGUGUGCUGUGAUUGGCCAGUUCAACAGUGCGUAGUGAUUGGUGGAAUACUGCAAGCGUGAAAGGGAAAUGUAACGCCUCUGACCAUAUUUGGAACAUCAGGUUCCAAAACAAUUGUACUGACAGGUGAUAAAAUGUCAUCGGUACUUUCUUAUGUCAAUUCGAGCCCGAAUCUGAUGUGGAAAAUGAAGAUGAUCAAGCCGAUACAUCAACUUUGCCAGCGCGACUUGAGCAGGAUGUAAAGGAUUGGUAAGGUUUCAAAAACAUAUAUUCUGUUAAAUAGUUAAAAACUAUAGCUAACUGUUUUACCUUUUAUAUACGACGUUAUAAAGAUUUGCCGUUAGAGUGUUACGUCAUGUCUUGUCUCAACAAAGACAAUAAACCCCAUUAUAAACACCACAUUUGUUGCCUCUAGUGGGAACAUUAUUGCUGAUUAUUAGGACUUAUGUUGUCUUUUUUCACGUUUGUGUGCGUUUGCAGAUCACAAACACGACAAACUCAGCUCGCUUUAGUCCGUAACAAAGUCUUUUACCAUGAAAAUAUACUUACAGACUGCGAAUCUGAAGCGCCAGACUGUCCUUGCGAAGUUGGAAUGGUUGGAAUUGCCCCAUUUUUUAAGCAAAGCUUUCGUGCACAGCCGGCCUUGAUCUCUCCCAGGAUCUGUGAAAUGCGCUGCACACACUUGAAUAUUCGGAUUGUACUGUUCUGGAACAGUGUUGUAAAUAAAAUGUAACCAUUCGGGCAAACAAAGAGGCUUUCUUUUCACAAUGAAACACACAGCGUCUCCACGACAUGGCUGCGGCGGCAACGAUACAAUGAGAUUUACAGGUAUGCCCACCUUACUUGCGUAUACAUUUGGGCGGUCUUAGUCAAAUUAUUUGUGGGGGUGUGGUUACACGAGGCGUUUCAGGCAGGUCUUGGUGAGCAUUCGCUUUUACAUAGAAUGCAUCUUUUGUUCCGUCACUUUCAUUUCUGCAAUGAAAUACAUGCAAGGGCAACUUAUAACAGAAAAAAAAGCAUAUUCGCGCCAUAUGACCCCUUUAAUAUUUGAUCAAUGUUUUUGAGUGAUAUCUUAAGUUAAAGAUCGGGGCGUGUGUGAUUAUAACAGCACAUAUACAGUACAUCUCGGAGAGGUCUAUUUAAUGUGUGCGUUUACAUCUGUAAGAUCUGUAUAUUUUAAGUGCUUGCUCGUCUCUGAAAUGUGACCUGUCAAAUCGACAUCUAGAAGAUGUUUGAUUGAGUAUGUAUGCGAAACUGCUUUUUUAGCAGGCAUAUUCAUUCAAACGUGUGGUAUAUAUCAUAUGCAACAGUAUGAAUCUAAUAAGAAAAUGCUGGAUGUUGGCAAGUUUUUGUGAAAUACAUAUUAUUUUAUUGUUAGCAUGAGUGCUGUUCAAAUGAUUUGCCUCACUCUGUUAACGCUGUUUUCUAUGUAAACGGAUGAACUGCUUUCCAUUCAAUAGUUCAAUUUAAAGUCCCUGUGAACCAGAAGUUGAGAUCGUUUUUACUUCUGUAUUUUGACAUUUCCGAGUGAAAUGGAAUUUUGAAUGAGAAAAUUUGUGGGCGUGGCUUUCGUCUUUCGCUGCGAUUUGAUUGGAUGUAUAAAAACAGCCGUUUCAUUCUGAAAUGAAACUGGCAGUAGACUGACAGUUGAAAGGGAGGAGUUAACGGAUGCUCCGCCCAAGCCGUCUAACAUGCAUCAAGAUGGAUAGUCACUACAGGAUGGAAGUGCAUUUUUAGAUUUUAACUGAAGAUCAUGAGGGAACAUGAUUAUUAAAAAGAGAAUGACCCACAUUGAUAAAUUAUUUACAAUGAAUGCUGCAAUGUUUCAUGAAAAAAUAGGCAUUGUCAUUUUCCAUUUCACUGGGACUUUAAAGUUAGAUCUGAUGAUAAUAACACGUUGAAAAUGUUCAAAUAAAGUAUUAUUAAUUAACAAAGUUACAUUUUAAAUCUUAUACCUGAACCGUGUGAAUCAAUGAUUUAUUUUUCUUUUUACGUUAUCUUUUGUAGCCCAGUUUUGUAAGUCGCUUCGCACCUCCUUGGAUCUUUUGAAUCUGUACUCACGUGGUUGUGGAAAUAAUCUUAAUAAAGAAAAUAC